AUGAGCUUUCUGCUGGAAGUGCAUGGUCUUCGACAAGCAAUCGUCCUUGAAGCCUAUCUGGAAACAAGUACCGGUACAUGCAAAGUGGGCACACUGCGAUGUGACUAUGCUGUGUGCUCGCAUAAGGAGCGUAUGGCUGGCGCCUAUAUCAAUGCCGGCGACUCACGAUGGACGCUGUUUGGAUGGCCAACCUCGGUCUGGCUGCCGGUCAAAAGUAAAUCCGAGCUUAAUGCUUUAUCGCACAUAUCCCCUGUCCCUCGCGAAUCGCCACCCUCUGUAUCACAUACAACCGCACAAAAGAUGAUUGCUAUUACAACUACGGCAACACCGUCGGUGAUGCACAAUACAACCAUCACAAAAAGACCAAAGCUAUCUUUACAAACGACUUCUCUGCCGGCUACAUUCGGAAACUCGAAUACGGGACUGGUUGCUCGAUCAUGUAUUACCGCUUCACCUACCGUUCGGAAUACGUUCAGCAAUGCCUAUGAUAUAAGGCAAACAUUAUCCGCUAUAGACUCGCCUUCUCCUUCUUGUCGAUCGGCCGAUAGGAGUGCUCGCCAUGGGUCUCCGUUCCCUUUUAGUAACUAUCGAUCUGACCCUAUGCCCUAUCAACAGCCGCUCGGCGUUCGGAGCAUUCUCCGCAAUUCACCUCUGAAGAAGUUGUCUCUGGGACGUCGGUCGGUCUCUAUAUCUGCUGGUGCCAUAGAUAAUCGUCGCGUGUAUUUCCCAGCUAAGAAACAAGUCAGCUUUCGGAAUCAACUAGAAGAGGAGAUCAAGACAGUCCGAUACGUGGCUCGACAUUCGGAUAUUGACUCUGAGAGUGAACCCGAGUUGAUAUCCGACGGUGCAGAUGGCAGUAGUUCCGAGUCCUCUGACUCUAGUGAAUCACAGUCUGAGCACAGCUCAUCAGGAGAGGACGAUGGAGAGGCACAAGAUCGACCAGUACGAAGGAGGAAGAGGAAGUCUGCUCCCAGCGAACGUCAAAUACGCGCGGCUGCGCUAAGAGAUGGCCUUAACAAUGAUCGUAUUGCAGCAGCUCUCUCGGCAGUUCCCGAUUCAAACAGUCAGAAGCGUCGAUGCAAAUGGCGCUGGACGCUAGGCAAUUCACCUUCGGCUGAAGCCGAAUCAAAUCUCGACACCAUUCCGUCUGCGGAGACUAUACAGUCGCCACCGGCACUGAAUACGGGCAACGAUACAGUCAUUUCAGGAAAUCCAUGA